AUGGGGCUGCAGCAGCGAAGGCGCCGCGCGCUCCUCGCCCCCCUCUUCCUUCUUGUGCUCCAGGUGGCGGCUGCGGUGCGCGGGACCCUCUCGCCCCCCUGUGCGACCGGCUUCGCGGCGGGCUGCUGCACCUUCGAGGUGGCGGGCGGCGACCUUUCUCCGGGCCAGGUCUUGGGCCAAGUUCAGUUUGAAGACUGCACGGGAUGGAAGCUGGCACGCUACAGCACCGAGGACGCCAACUUCAGGGUGCUGGCGGAUGGCACAGUCCUGGUGAGGCACCGCACGCAGCUGCGUGGAGAGGCGAGGACUUUCGUGGUGCAGGCCUGGGAUUCCACCGGCACCAAAUCCUCAGCCGUGGUGACCGUGCGGAACAAAGGCCGUCAUUCUCCACAGGAGGAGUCUGGUCCUGCCAACCAAGUGGAGGUGCAAAGGUUUCCAGGGCCCAGGUCUGGCCUGAAGCGGCAGAAGAGGGAUUGGGUGAUUCCACCCAUCAAAGUCCCUGAAAACGAGAGGGGCCCCUUCCCCAAGAAGCUGGUCCAGAUCCAAUCCAACAGGAACAAAAUAACCAAGAUCUUCUACAGCAUUACUGGGCAGGGAGCAGACAUGCCCCCUGAGGGCGUCUUUACCAUUGAGAAGGAGUCGGUGAUGGAAGUGACGCAGCCAUUGGACAGAGAGGCAACUGCAAAGUACCUUCUUCUUUCGCAUGCCGUGUCUGAAAACGGGAAGCCUGUAGAGGAACCGAUGGAUAUAAUAAUCACAGUUACUGACCAAAAUGACAACAAGCCCGUGUUCACCCAGGAGGUCUUCCGAGGGUCUGUCAUGGAAGGAGCAACACCGGGGACCUCCGUGAUGCAAGUCUCUGCCACGGAUGCUGACGAUGCCCUGGACUCCUACAACGGGGUGGUGGCCUACUCCAUCCUGAGCCAAAUGCCAGGGGAGCCCGAGAAGCAGAUGUUUGCCAUCAACAGGGAGACUGGGGCCAUCAGCGUGAUUGCCAGUGGCUUGGACAGAGAGAGAGUGCAGGCGUACACGCUCAUCUUGCAAGCCGCUGACUUGGAUGGCAAAGGCCUGACCACCACGGCAUCCGCAGUGAUCGAAAUUGCCGAUGCAAAUGACAACGCCCCCCAGUUCAGCCCCCCAACGUACACGGCAGAGGUGGCAGAGAACGAAGCCGGCCUGGAGGUCGUACGGCUGUCUGUGACGGACAUGGAUGAGGCCAGCUCAGCUGCGUGGCGCGCCAAGUACAAGAUCGUGCGUGGCAACGAGGGGGGCUUCUUCCGAGUAUCCACCGACUUGGAGAGCAAUGAAGGCAUCGUGGAAACAGCCAAAGGCUUGGAUUUUGAAGCAAGCAACCAGUUCGUGCUGCAGAUUGCAGUGACCAAUGAAGUCCCCUUUGCUGUGAAGUUGGCCACGUCCACAGCCACGGUGACUGUCCAUGUGAGGGACGUGAACGAGGCACCUGCCUUUGACCCUCUGGUCAAGAUGGCCGACGUUUUGGAGGAUGUCCCUCUCGGGCACAGAGUCACGGUGUACACAGCCCGGGACCCAGAUAGGAUGCAGUCCCAGAAAAUCAAGUACUUCAUGGAGUAUGACCCGGCUGGCUGGUUGGCCAUCCACCCGGAGAGUGGCCUCAUCACAACCAGGGCGGCCUUGGACCGGGAGGCCUACCUCGUGAAGAACAACACCUACGAGGCCCUAGUGCUGGCUGUGGAUGAUGGCAGCCCUGCAGCCACUGGGACGGGCACCCUCCGGCUGACUCUGCAGGACGUGAACGACAACAGUCCCGAGCUCGACCACCAAGAGGUCACAGUCUGCAACAGCGAGCCUGAGACGCAGCAUCUACCCAUCCUGGACAAGGACCUGCCCCCCAACACCUUCCCCUUCCGCGCAAAGCUCACCAACCACUCGGAGGAAAACUGGGCGGUGGAGAUGGAUGCCAGAGGGGAAGUGGCGAUGCUGCGGCUGCUGCGGCCCUUGCAGGAGGACACCUACAACGUUUACCUCCAGCUCUUUGACAACCAGGGCAAGGGCCAGGUGACGGUCCUCCGAGCCACCGUCUGUGAGUGCACGGGCCCAGUGGAUCGGUGCCCGGAGAGGCGGAUGGCAGCCAUUGGGGCUCCGGCCAUCCUGGCGAUCCUGGGGGCCAUUUUGACUCUGCUGAUCCUCCUGCUGCUGCUGCUGCUCCUUGUGCGGAAGAGGAAGGCGGUGAAGGAGCCGCUGCUGCUGCCGGAAGAAGACACUCGGGACAACAUCUUCUACUACGGCGAAGAGGGAGGAGGGGAGGAAGACCAGGACUACGACCUCAGCCAGCUGCAUCGAGGCCUGGAUGCCCGCCCAGAAGUCAUCCUCCGGAAUGACGUCGUGCCCACCCUCCUGCCAGCUCCACAGUACCACCCGCGCCCCACAAACCCCGACGAAAUUGGCAAUUUCAUCCAUGAGAACCUGAAGGCGGCAGACAUGGACCCCACGGCGCCCCCCUACGACUCCUUGCUUGUCUUUGACUUUGAGGGCAGCGGCUCAGAGGCCGGCUCCCUCAGCUCCAUCGAAUCCUCCAGCUCGGAUCGGGACCAAGACUACGACUACUUGAACGAGUGGGGCAGCCGGUUCAAGAAGCUGGCUGACAUGUACGGGGGAGGAGUGGAUGACUGAGGUGGGCGCACGGAUCCUGCGCGGAAGAGGCCGAAGGGGCCUGCCGGUUCUCCACUACCACCUUAAGGCCAGAGUGCCCUUUAGCAGCCAGGAUUGUGCGGCUGCUCUAUGCCAAAUGUUCUGCCCCUCCGCCUGCUGUGGCUUCCCAGGAGUGCAGCGCUUGCCUCCUUCCUCCUCCUCCUCCCUCUGAGCUGCCUUCAUUCCCUGCCCAAGUGCCUCUGGAGAGACCCCCACCCCUGGCCGAGGCAGCCCCCCAAGAGACUCGGCCUGGUUCUUGCCGCCUGUGUUGAGCCAACAGCUCUGUGCUGGGAUGAAAUUGGAGGGGAGGGGGAGACUGUCCUGUCCUGCCAAGAAUCCUCUAGCAGUUCCUCCCUCUCCCCCAUUGCUCAGCCCCACACGUGCUGGCAGCGCUCCUGGAAACAGUUUGCCUCUUUUAUAAAUGUUCAUAGGUUUCUUGUUUUUGUACUGUGCGGGAAGUAGACUGGGUCAUAAGCUGAAGAACGGGACAAUCAGGGUGUAAAGAUGUAAUAAAGUUUUUCCUUUUUUAA